UGAAAGUUCACUUGCAGCUAUUCGUAUAGUCAAGCCAAUAUAUAUAUCUUGAAGCCUUGAUAGUUUUUGAAAAAGUUGAAGACUACGAGAUUACAGCAAAAUAGACUUCGUAUGAUGAACGUAUUAUUGAUUCAUCUUUUGCUUUUAGCAUUGAUAAACGUUACACAAGCGUGGUCCCCUACAGGCAGUUAUGCACCAGGGAAAGUUCAAUGCCCCUCGAACCAUGAUUUACUAAGAGAAGGAGAUUCCAUAUCUUCUGAAGAGAAGGAUUGGGUUAAGGCCAGACAUGAAAAGACCGACAAGGCUUUGAUUGAAUACUUGAAUAGUUCCAACUUGACUGAUUUUGAUGCAAAGAAAUUCAUUAGAAAUGCUACUAGGUCUCCUAAUAUUGCACUUGCAUUUAGUGGAGGUGGUUAUAGGGCCAUGUUGAGUGGAGCAGGCCAAUUUGCAGCAUUAGAUAACAGAACUGUUGGAGUCGAUGAAACCAAUGGGUUGGGAGGAAUAUUUCAAAGUUCCACCUACUUGGCUGGAUUACUGGGUGGUGGAUGGUUAGUGGGAUCAUUAGCGAUGCAAGAUUUUCCUAGUGUUGAUGAAAUUGUAUUAGAAAACCCAAAUGAUCUUUGGAACCUUACUGAAACAAAACAGAUUAUAACAAAAGUAUCAGUGAUACGCAAUUUAGUACCAGCUUUAUGGGGUAACAUUCAAAAUUUUUUCAAAGCUGUUAAUGGAUAUAAUGGUAAAAAUGGAAUUGGCCAAGAACUUCAAGAAAAGGAGGAUGCUGGAUUCAAUACAACGAUAACUGAUAUCUGGGGUAGAGCUUUGGCCAGACAAUUACUUCCAAAGGGGAAAGAUAAUUAUAUGAAUGCAUCUACAUGGUCAGAUAUAAGAAACAACACUGGCUUCAAGAACCAUAAUUAUCCAUUCCCAAUGGUUACAGCACUAGUUAGAUUUUCCAAAAGUAAAGCAUAUAAUUCAAGUCUGCCGGUUGUUGAAUUCAAUCCUUUCGAGAUUGGAUCAUUUGAUUAUUCAUUGAAUUCAUUUUUCGAUACUCAAUAUUUAGGUACAGAAGUUAAUAACGGUAAGCCGGUCAAAAAUAGUACAUGUGUCAAGGGUUUUGAUAACGCCUCUUUCAUUCUUGGAACCACCUCUUCAUUAUUUAAUGAUUUUUUAAACAGUUUAGUUUGUGAUGAUUGUCAUUCGGUUAAUUUUUUCCUAAAAAUGAUUUUGAGACGGGUUUUAACUAAAUUAUCGAAUGCUUAUUAUGAUAUAGCGGUGUUCAAGCCCAAUCCAUUUUACAAAUCUCGCUAUGCAAAAAAUGAAGAAAUCGUUAAUAAUUCCACCUUAUACUUAAUCGAUGGAGGUCUUGCCGAUGAAUCACUCCCCUUAUCUAAUUUAAUGACCAAAGAGAGAAAAUUAGAUGCUGUAUUUGCCCUCGAUAAUUCUGAAAAUUGGCCAAAUGGGAAAUCAAUCAUCAAAACGUACGAACGUCAAUUCUUGGAUGAAGAUGAUAAGACUGUUUGUCCCUAUGUACCGGGCGAAUCAUCAUUCCAACAUUUUAAUUUAACUGCAAAACCAACAUUUUUCGGGUGUGAUGCUAAAAACAUGACCGAUUUGGCAAAAGACGGGGUUGUUCCACCGAUUGUCAUCUACUUAGCCAAUAGGCCAUUUGAAUUCUGGUCAAAUACAUCACUUCUUGGGUUAAAAUACUCGGACCCCCAAAAGAAAGCCAUGAUUCGUAAUGGUAUAGAUGUCACUUCCAGGUUAAAUCAUACCCUUGACUCGGAAUGGCAGGCAUGCGUCGGCUGUGCCUUGAUAAGAAGAGAACAAGAACGUCAAGGCAUCAAGCAAUCAGAACAAUGUGAACGUUGUUUUGCUGACUAUUGCUGGGAUGGCUCCACGUUUGAGGUUGAAGGUGACUACUUUCCAAACGUCAACUUCACCAAGACCGGAUUAACCAACGAUAGUAUGCAUUUAUGGGACACCAAGCCGGGCACAUCUACAAAUGUCUCUUCCAUCUCAGUUCUUUCUUACCUUGGAUUUAAAAAGAGACAAUUAUUUGACUUGUUUAGUUGAUUUAAUUCUGUAAAUACUUUGCACUGAUACCCAAUAUCUACUACACUUUAAAAUAUAAUGAUUUGUAUAAUAUAAUGUUC